AAGAAAAGGAGAAGGAAGAGAAGGGCGCGCGUAAAAACGGUUACAGAAGUUCGGGCUGAACGUAACCGUUCUGCAGAAGCCGCUCUGCAACAACUAUUCUCCGCCUAUCGAUGUCAGUCACAGAGGAAUGCUUGCUCCGUUUCCACAUUAAUAAUUCGUUUGGUUCAGAUUCACAAUCUCCUUCUCCUUCCUACAAACACCAUGGAUUAAUGUAUGACAAUCCAGCCAUCGUGAUGCAUGUGGGUGACAGAAGCUUCAUGAUUCUUUCCAACGGAAGCUAUCGGCGAUCGUCAAGCAUGACCAUCAAAGACGACACAUUUUACUACGACAAGCCUCCUUCCCAAACGCUCAACCUCUCCAUAAUCAAAUUGGACGCCUCUUACUUCCGCAUUGAAGUCUCAAAUGAAGCAACUGUUGCAGAACUCAAGCAGGCUGUGGAGGACAUUUUCGCUCACGUGCCUCUGAAGGGCGCGGGGAAAAUAUUGUGGUGUGUGCAUUAAUUGAUUAAUUUAAUAAAUAUCUUGCGUAUGUUUCUGAAUGUGAUUUCACUAAUUUGAUUUUGUAAAUUCUAUGCGUUUUUAUUGUAGGUAAAACAGGGGAUUUUUUUUUUUCUUUUUUUAAUUCUGGAGUUUCUAUUUACUUAAUUAGUUCAUCAUCAUAAUAUGUUGCUGGGUUUUUCUUUGAAUUAUUAUUCAUUUAUUUAUGUAGGCCACUUGUUUGGCGGCAAUUCUGCUUAUCCUACCAAGGACAUAAAUUAGUUACAGAGACGGAUUACCUUCGAGAUUAUGGCAUCAAGGAUGGUGACCAGGUUUGUUUCAGAUUUAUUGAAGAGCCAGCUUCAUCCUUGUAUGCC